AUGUUGGUUAUUGGUGUGAUACGAAACUUUAGAGCAGCUGUAUCCCCUAUUUCAGAUAUUGAUGUUCUGCUAUGGAACAGAGGGCGUGUUGGAGUCCUCAAGAACAGGGAGAAGCGUAAGGGAAGUUUUGAGACUGUCCACAUCCAGGAUGCCCUUGGUCAUGAGUUCGCUACUCGCCUGGGAAAUGUUUAUACCAUUGGAAAAGGUACAAAGCCAUGGGUGUCUCUUCCUAAGGGCAAAGGUAUCAAGUUGUCCAUCAUUGAGGAGGCAAAGAAGAGGCUCACUGCUCAAUCUGCUGUAACUGCAUAA